UCAAAUCGCUUACUCUGUUACGCAGAGAUAUGCGACUUUUUACUAUAAGAUUGUAUUAUUAUAGACAUUCUUCCUCUAUUAGUAAUUGUAUAGUGAUAUAUUUAUUUUUCUGGUAUCCAAUUUUGAUUUCUGUUGACUUUCUCAACCCUAGCGACCGUUCCCCAUUCUUUCAGGCAAGAAUUGUAUCAACAAUAUUCGACACACCUGCCCACCAAAUCUUGAAUAAUCCAUCGCGAAUAUCGCAACGGUUGGCAGCCAAAACCACCUACUUUCUGGUGAAGUUUUUCACUGCACUUUUUGUCGCGCGGCCAGCUCUGUGUGCAUGCCAGAGAGUGAUCGAUUAUUCAACACCGGACAAUGACAACAGUCUGUGCUUUGGUACGAUUGGUUCGAGCUGGCUGAAAAUGGUAGGACAAUUUGCGACACCACGCUUAUAAAAUUCCCUAUCCCCGGCACUAUCCGGAGUCAGUUGAAAAAUGGCCUUCGAGCGUUGAAGGCAAUCGGCAGUGUAGCUAGGUAACGGUAGCUGGUGGAAUCUAAAGCAGUUUUUGAGCGGACAUUAAAGCUGCCCGUGAAUACCAAUCGUUCGCGAUCUUGUAGUAAUGGCUUCUGCCACAAGUGUACGGUCCUUUUCGGGACAGGAGUGGUUUGCGACAGUGUUUCUGCUAAUUGUGCUUAGCAGCAGUGGUGUGCAGUGUUUCGAACGUUUCUCCCCCAUCAAUGAGCUUCUGUUAUCCGAGUUUGAGUACGACACCAAUAUCGAUCGCGAUCUGUUGCCACUAGAUGAACGAUCGUACUUUUCUUACGAUGAGCCGCACGAGCCAACGUUUCACACCGACUACAAUCUGGCUAAUCUGAAGCCGAUUUCACCAACGCCUGGAUUUACGCUCGAUCCUUCCUACAUAUCGCCCGAGGAUAUCGUUCCGGCCCGUGCCAAACGAGCCAAUCUAAGGGAAAGAAGGAAACCAUCGAUGCACCGCAAACGCGAGCAGGAAAAGGAACUGGUCUCCGAUGAGCACGAGGAAGAUCUGGAAGAAGAUGAUGCGUACGAAAAGGCCAGCGAGCCAGAGAGUACGGACGUGGACGAUUAUGCCGCACGGUACGAGCAGUUUAUUGCGAAACAUUUCGAAGAUUUGGAAAGCAAGCGGAAAAAGUCCGCUCCGCAGCGUAAAGCACCUAAGCCGACCGACAAAGAGGACGACGACGACGACGACGACGGCGAGGAGGAAGAAGAGCAGGACGGUGAUUACCGGUUUGAUCGGGGCGACUACUCCUCCUCGGAGGACUACGAGCGAAUAAAGGCAGAGUCUGAGGAGCAAAGCCGGCGGUUGGCGAAGGACCCCAGGAACUGCCGCACGUACGAGAAGGACGGUAUGGUGUGUAGCGUGUGUCACGAUCCGGCCAGCGACAGUGCGUCGGAGAGCUGUGCGUACGCUACCGAGCCCCACCAUCGCAAGUAUGCGUACGUGAAGGAGCGAAACUACGACAGCAAGAAGGAUGCCGAUCCGAACCGUGGAAAGGCAGAAGUGGACGAGGAGGAGGAGGAGGAGGGGGACGGUGAUGAGGAGCCGGAGCACGCCGGUGCCGAAACACGCCCCGAGCGGCAGACAGAUGGUGCGGGAGACGGGGUUGCAGGUUCCGCCGUACCCACCACACCCUCCAGACGGUGGCUCCCGGCGCAUCCACUGCGCAAGCCGACCCUGCGCUCGAAACCGCACCAGUCGGCGACCAACGGUGGCGGGUAUCGCUACCAGCCGACCGAUCUUCGCUCGAACCGGGCCAGCAUGAAGCUGAAACUAGCAGAGGGCAGUGGGCCAGCUGCCGAGGAUGCCAACAUUUACGUGAUGAACUACGACAACGAGCCGGAGGAGGUGGCGAGGGUGCUGGCCGAAUUUAAGGCGCGCGACUGGUCCAACUGUCGCACGGAGUCCCGCCCGAUCGCGUCCGAACCGGUGCGACCACCGCCCUCGAUGACCGGGAAGCUGCAGCUGCAGCGGCAAGCACACAAGCGCAAGAAGGUUGUGGCACUGUCGCGCAAGGAGCUGGCGGCACUCGAACCAUCGGCAACCAGCGCAGCCGGGGGUGGGCCGGUUAAGGAGAAGCAAACGGUCAAGCGGACGGUUUCGUUCCGCAGCUUCAUCACGGGGUCGGGACGGGGAGCCCCGGGGUCAUCUUCUUCAGCGUAUGUGGCGCAUGCAGGAUCUGACGGAGACGAGCGCGUGAUUCACUACGAGCAUCACAUUUCUCACGAAGUUCCUUGAGGGACGAAGGUACAAGGAGGACAGACGGGUGUAGGGAGCCGGAAUGUUUCGCCAAUAAUGUUCAAUGCGCAAUUUAAGUGUUUCUUUUUAAGGCCGAAUAUUUGAAGAAUGUUCUAAAAGAAGAGGCCCGCACACUGGGAGAUCCGUUUAAAAUAUCCCUUUUUGCUCGUUAACUUACUGAAGGAUCGAUAAUUACGUAUGUACUAUUGCAGCAGUAUUCUUUUGUGCUCCGA